UUGGAGAGAAAAAAAAAAAAAUGAAAGGCAAAUUAAUAUUUUAGUCCCAACACUAAUUUCAAUAAUCCUCGUCUCCUUCCCAUGAGAGGGAUUUUCCCAUAAAACCAAAAGGCCCUGACCUCAAAGCCAAAGUCUCUGUCGCUCUCUCUCUCUCUCUCUCUCUCUCUCUCAUGUCAUGUCAUGCAAAUAGCACCUAAGCUUUUAACCCCGCUCACUCCCUUUCACCCCAUGACAUUUGUUUCUCUUCGCCAGCUCAUUCACAGCCCCAAAAAACACACUCCAACCCCAAUCCCUCUCUCUCUCUCUCUCUCUCUCAUAUAACGUAUUCUCCACCAGAUCUCCGGGAGUACCCUCCAUUAAGAUGCGUGCUUUUUCAAUCCUCUCGUUGGUUUAGACCUCUUAUAAAAUCUCCUCAGGCAACAACCACCUCUUUUCAACAUUACCCAUAUGCUCCUUUUUAUUUUUUUUUCUUGUUGAUUCGACUUUUUUUCUUCCUCGGGGUUUCUGGGUUCUCUUGUUUUGAGGAAACCUAUUAAGGCAGAGGGAGAGAGAGAGAGAGAGAGUGUUGUGUGUGUGAGAGUCUGGGGGUUUUUGCUAGAGAGAGAAAAUGGAGAAUGGGUUAGACAGAGAAAGUGGGUCGAUGAUGUUUAGCGAAGAGGAGUUGAGAGAGGUAACUGGAUUGAAAAAAGGAGGAGACUUUAUAGAAGUGACAUGUGGGUGUACCAGCCAUCGGUAUGGUGAUGCUGUUGGCAAGCUUAGGGUUUUCUCUAAUGGUGACCUUGAAAUCACCUGUGAAUGCACCCCUGGUUGCAAUGAAGACAAGUUGACUCCUUCUGCGUUUGAGAAGCAUUCUGGAAGAGAGACAGCUAGAAAGUGGAAAAAUAAUGUUUGGGUGAUAGUUAAUGGGGAGAAGGUUUCAUUAUCAAAGACUGCAUUGCUGAAAUACUACAACCAAGCAUCUAAAAAUGCCAAUGGUACUCAUAGAUCCCAUAACGGAAGAGUUUGUCAUCGUGAUGAGUUUGUUCGCUGUAGCAUGUGUAACAAGGAGAGAAGAUUUCGAUUGCGGACGAAAGAUGAAUGUCGUAUUCACCAUGAUGCUUUAGCAGAUGUGAACUGGAAAUGUUGUGAUCUUCCAUAUGACAGAAUAACAUGUGAUGAUGAUGAAGAGCGAGCAAGUCGCAGGGUAUACAGGGGCUGCACCCGAUCUCCAACAUGCAAGGGUUGUACUUCCUGUGUGUGCUUUGGGUGUGAAAUCUGUCGAUUCACUGAUUGCAGUUGCCAAACUUGCAUUGACUUCACUAGGAAUGCCAAAGCUUGAGUCUUCCACUGCAGUCCUAGGGUGGGUUCUUUAUUUGUUUCUUUAGUUGAGCCAUCCCAACAGAAGAAGCCUUCAAAGACAUUUUAUUUAUUUCAUGUUAGACUUUUAAAUUGCCAGCCCGAGUUCAGCAUUCAUGGAGCUCAUUGACUGGUUUAAAAACUUAAAAUUAAUUAAAUUUGAUUUCCACAUUGAUGUUUGGUCCAUACUUCAUAUUAACAUUUUCUGCUCUACUAUUUUUUCUCAUUUAUAUACUCUUAAAAUUUGUUUAUUCAUUGAUAUAAUCGACA